AUGUGCUUUAUGCGCUCGAUACCCUACCAGUGUGACACGUGCGGCAAGACGUAUAAAUGGAAAGAAUCGUUGAGUCUGCACAAACGAAUGGAGUGCGUCUGCGGAAACCUGCGGAAAUGGGUCUGCUUUCAAUGCGGUAAGCGUUACCUGUGGCGCGGCUCCCUGAAGAACCACAUACGGGUGGAAUGCGGCAAGGAGCCGGCCUUCAAGUGUCCCGUCUGCGGCAGGAAGUUCAAGCACAAACAUCGCUGGCAGUCGCACGCAAAUUCCAAGACUGAAGAUUGCAUACUGGCAUCGAUGCUACUAACGCAGGAAAACAACGAAUUAUCCUGGAGUCAACAGCGACCGUUUGACCAGUCGACCUAUAAGAUGCUUAGGAAUGCCCGAAAGAAGGAUUCAAGCGACGCCAAGUACGAGUGCACCAGAUGUGGAAAAACAUAUAAAGCCGCGACGUCGUUAAGCCGGCACAAGCGGCUCGAGUGCGGCGUCAUACCCUGCGAAAUAUGCCCUAUCUGCGGCCGCAGAUUCAAGCACAGAUUCGUCUUGAACGCUCACAUCGUCGCCUGCGAGAGAAGAAUGUCUCAGACGGACAACGCGUUCAUGAACGAGCUUGGCGGACUGGAGUUUAAGGUCAACGAUAUGAACGUCGUGAACUCUUCCCGACGGUUCCCGAGUCGCAGCCAGGUACCGCAAGAACUGCAGCGUUACAUGUGCGGCGAGUGCGGCAAGGCCUACAAAUGGAUGGACAAUCUGCGCCGACACCAGCGGCUGGAAUGCGGCAAACUGCCUAAGUGGCAUUGCAAAAUAUAUCACACGGAGUUGUGCGAUUGGUUAACCGAUCCGCUCGUCACUCAGGAGCUAAACGAGAACAUUUCGCAGAGCUGCUUCGAAUUCGUGACCACCGAUUACAACGAGCUGUCUCAGGAGUCAUUGGAACAUCGCGAGAAAAAGUAUAAGAUCACCACGCUUGUUUGCGACGAAUGCGGGAAGAAUUUCUCGAGACUCGACAGUCUCAAGAGACACGAGAAGCUGUACUGCAAGAACAAGCGGAGAUGCUGUCCCCAUUGCGACGAGAACGGGCAGUGCGCCGCGGAGAAGAGCAACGACGACAAACCGGAAGUCUGCGAGGUGCCAUUUCACGGUCAGCUCAACUACCUACUCUGCGACUCGCCGAUCUUGAACAGCGUGGAGGCCAGCGUGGUCCAGAAGAACGCCAAAUGUCAGCAGUUCCGUUGCGACGGCUGCGGCAGAGCGUACACUCGGCUCGACAGCUUGAAGCGUCAUCAGCAGAAGUGCGACGAGUAUCUGGCGUCCUUCCAGGAUCAGCAGGAGGCCUUGGAAAGGCUUCAACAACAAGAAUACUAUUGUAAUCAAUGCGGCAAAUCGUACCGAAGGCUCGAUACUCUGCGCCGGCAUCAACGACUAGUGUGCGUGAAAGACCAGCCAGAGGAAUACGACGCUCUGUGGGUGCUGGAGAGGAAGGCGCGUAGCAUCGGCCAAGAGACUCAGGAAAUUCUUCCGAGCAAAUCGUACGCGUCGUCCAAGAUGAAUGACUAUUCACAAGUGUACGGCGGCGACUCUUACAUGUUGCAAACCGAGUAUAUUUGCACCGAUUGCGGCAAGAAGUACAAAUGGUUGGACAGUUUAAGGAGACAUCAGAGGGUAGAUUGCGGCAACAAAGAGAAGAAGUUUUCCUGUCACAUGUGCGACCGAAAGUUCAAGUAUCGAUAUGAAUUGCGGAACCACAUCGCCGGGCAUCAUCGGUACACCAUGCUGUGA